UUCAUAGUCGGAGCUCAGCUGAACGCUACACAGCUGGUAGUCUGACUUUAGAUUUGUAGUAGUUACAGUAGAGAAUCGCACGGUUUUUGAUUUUUGAGCACAAUUUUUUGGUGAGAGUGUUGAAGAGGUAUUCAAGCGCCUUCAUCUCCCUCAAUUCGCACGUCGGACGAAGCUUGACACUCGGUCUGAAAACGCUGCCUGCCAGUGACUACAGUCCCAGUUAUUUUUGUGUUGAGAAAUAAGGGGACGCUAAGCUCAAGACGCGUCAGUGGAGCAUUUUACUGGUAAAAAAGUUCCAGUUAUAUAUCUUCCGUUGGAGAAAUAAGGGAACUUGUGGAUCACACACGAUGUCUCAGAUGGCAGUUUUACCCCCUCCCCCAAGGAAGACAGAGAUGACGUUCUGGUCCCGGUAUGACCCCGUGGCCGUCAGACCCAAGGGAAACACAGACCACUGGGCCAAGAUGAAACUACGGGCGCUAUCAUACUCUGCCCCAGCAGGAGUGAGGAGAAUGGACAUAGGACCUACUUGGAGUAUGCCGCAACAGAGUGAUCAAGUCACUUUAAGGUCAACAGACGAUUACCUGAAGUUCAUACGCAAUGACGAUGCUUGGAAUCGCGAGUCGGCAGGUCACGGACAGGUGCGCUUCCGGUUUGAGGCCGACGGCACGGUGUCCCAAAUACCAAAGGAACAACGAUUUGACGAUAUACUUGCCCAACAUCUCGGCGGUAACUUGCCAGGAAGCUAUAACAAGCGCCCAAAAAGCCUGACAUAUAAAGAAAAACUACACACAACGUUCAACCAGAGAGCAAAGGAAGGGUUCCAGUACUGGUUGAUAAAGAGGCCAGAGCCAACGAAAUUUGGAAGAUACGGUAUCGGCUCAUACAAAACAGUACUAGGAAUUGGCAACGCGCCAAGAACAUAAUCGCUCUCAUCCCUCCAUUGGAACACUUUCGCAAAAGAAACCCACCACCAAAAUCCCGGAAUACUAGCAUCACUAAACCAGUGGGCAGCAGCACCAGGCGGCCUAGCGUAGACCUCUCAGACCGCCCCGAUUGGAGCUAAUCUGGCCCGGGACAUGUAUAAUCAUGUGGUCGAAGAAACAGAUCAAUGUGCUUCUAGUAGGGCUGUAACGAGACUGAGUGAGAGAAGGGUGGAUUUAAUUUUGG